UAGCAGAACGGAACUGGUCGCCUUGCCGCUAAAGGAAGUAAUACGGUAUCAGGACGUUUGUUAAACAUGGAGUAACUGGCAGACUUCUUUAUCAACAAAUGAAGAAUGAAGUUACAAAUGGUGGUUAGUUUGACUGUCCACCUGGGACUGCUGCUAUUAUAUCUUCUCGCGACUGUCAUCAUGACGCUGAACAAAGCCUUCAUUAAAGCCAACGACGCCGGUGUUCAAGUUCAACUGACAGGCUACCAGAUCGAGCCAAACAUCUCCGUCGGUGUCCACGUGCUGCUGCUAGCCGUCGCGAUGUUUAUUCCAUCGUUAAUAGGAUUGUUUUACACGUGCAUCAAGAAGGAGACACAACGGCGGUUCUACAAGAAGAAGCUGCGAGUUGUCCAUGUAACCUUCCUACUGGUGGGGAUACUAACCUUGUGUGUGCUGCUGGCUUCCGAAGCGGCAGGUAUUGGCGACAUCAAUGGAGUCGGCUGCUAUCUCGACAACAACAACUGCGUUUGUGCAGAUCUACCCACGUAUGUUAACACAUCCAACAACGUCUGUGCUUGCGAAAAUCUGCGCAUCUCCUACCUCGUCUUCAUCGUCCUGUCAUUAUGUUGUGAGAUACUCAGCCUGUUACUUGCAGCAAAGUUGAUAAAAUGUCCACCACGCGCGGCUUCUGCUUCUGUGGGUCAAGGCCCAACUGAAAACUCUACGGUUCCCACAGUGGCGAUAAGUUCAGCUCAGAAUGAAUAAAGGACCUCCGAUGUGCAUAGUGUAGUAGAUCUUGAACCGGAAGUAGAGUUACAAGCGAGUAGGAUGCUUCCGCUAUAAUCUGCUGGAGUCACAGAAUUACAUCAAGUAUUCCGUGAUCAACAGGGACCUCGAGAAGAUUAAUGACAUGUUUAUAUGCUGAAGGAGACUAGUUUAGAUUAUGUUCUUAAUCGUUGCUGUUCUUAAUCGUUGCUAUGAGAUGAUGAUAGUUCCUUCUAGUAGACCGCCAUAAAUGGCUGGAAUAUUGCUGAGUGCGGCGUAAAACUAAACUCACUAAACGCUUCUAGUAGAAGUGCCCAGUACGUACCAGCAUAUCUCCCUGGAAAGUAUUCCACAGAAGUGAACAGCGUGGAAUCCCGUUGAUCCGGAGUACAUCCUUCUCAGUGAAACUGUCCAUAUUCACACAUGUCCGGAUAAGCGAAUCUGGAAAGUAAUGUUUAUACAAAAUGUAUGUGGCUCCGCACUUCUGCCCUGCCCUAUUGACCACGAUAUAAAGGAUUCAGUGUAUCAUGUGUAUAAUAUUGUACAUUCUGAAAGAAAUACACUUCUAAUUACAAACCCAAGUUAAAAAAAGAUGCCUUAUAUGUUUCAUGGUUUGUACGCAAACUGUAAUAAAGUUGUAACUAUAA